CUCCAGUCCGUAUUUCCCCUCAAGCCCAUCUGGCUCGCUGGCAGGGUUUGUUUACUGGCGGAGCGACUGGGAAGACGGGGAUCCACCAGAGCCUGGGAGACAAUCUACCUCUGUCUGGGCGAGAAGACAAGGACAAGCAGCUCGGCUUCUGUGUGGCCCACGUUGUUUGGAGUCCGGUCCAAAGCGUCGCUUCGGUGCUGCCUGCCUGCCUGCGCGGAACGUGAACGCACCAUGGGACCGUUGGUUUUGUGUUUGCCAAACACGAAGCAGCGCCGCUGAGCGUGUCAGUCCCUGCUGCUCGAGCGAGGACCUGGCUGGAGUCUCUCCCGGGGACCGAGGUCUCUGCAGCACCAGCACUCGGGCAUGUUUCGAGGACUUUUACCGGAUUUUUGAGGCGCAAACCUUGCGCCACGCAUGCUUCGACUCGGCUACCGACCACUCCAAAACUCUCCGGCGUUACAUGUCGUCGCACAAGGGUCAGCGCUGCGGCUUUUUUAAGCGAGUCCGAGCUGCCAGGGCGCCGUGGCUGAGCGUGUUUUGAAGCAGCGCAAACUUCACUUGUGGCCUGGGAGCACCGAGGCUUGACAGCUAGCUUUAGCUUAGCUUCUCCCAGGACGACAAAUCUGCUUUACCGCUCCUUCCACUGGCGCACGUGAACGCCGGAGCGGUCACGUUGGCUUUCCGGUGAUUUUUUUUUAAACGUUUAUCAGCGCAAGGGAGUCGUGGUUUGGUGCUCUUCCGAGCUCGAGUGGCUAACUUUAGCAGGAGCAGCUUUAGCUUGUGUUGGACCGAACACGCUGGACUCGUUCCUCCGCCCAUCUUCCGGGAAUGUACGUUAUUUAUUCUUGUUUACCUGUCGGCGCACGCCGCCAAACCCAAACAAUUUCCUGAAGGUUUUCGCAGCAAGUCCAAGUGCUCUCCCGACCAGCGGCACGCCAGGGUCCGUGAUGUGGCUCCGCACUUGGGGGCUUGUUGUGGCCGCAGCCUGCUUCAUGACGAGCUGUCAUCGGGCCAACGGAGAAAUUUGUCCGAGCAAGGACAUCCGAAACGAUGUGACCCACCUGAAGAGUCUUGAGAACUGCACUGUAAUCGAAGGCCAUCUGAAGAUCUUGCUCAUGUUUAAGACCAAGCCCGAGGAUUUCCGGAACUUAAGUUUCCCCAAGCUGAUGGUGGUCACUGACUACCUCCUGCUGUUUCGAGUGUACGGUUUGGAGAGCCUCAGCGACCUUUUCCCCAACCUCACGGUCAUCAGAGGCAACAACCUGUUCUUCAACUACGCUCUGGUGGUGUUUGAGAUGCUCCAGUUGCGAGAGCUCGGCCUCCACAGCUUGAUGAACAUCACCCGAGGGGCAGUGCGGAUCGAGAAGAACACGGACCUUUGCUACCUGUCCACUCUGGAUUGGUCCAAGAUCCUUGACUCCGUGGAGGACAACUACAUCGUGGCCAACAAGAACGACAGGGAGUGCGGAAACGUGUGCCCGGGAACUGCCGUCGGCAAGAUCGAGUGUCACGCCACCACAAUCAACGGACAGUUCAGUGAGCGGUGCUGGACGCAGAAGGAGUGUCAACGAAUGUGUCCUGUUCAGUGUAAACACCGGGCCUGUACCAAAGACGACCAGUGCUGCCACGACCAGUGCCUGGGCGGCUGCCUGAAGCCACACUCGGCCAGUCACUGCGUGGCCUGCCGCGGCCUCCGGCAUCAGGGCACCUGUGUGGAACGCUGCCCAGAUAACCACUACACCUACAAGGGCUGGCGCUGCGUCACCUUCGCCUUCUGCCAGGAGCUUCACAACAAAUGCAAGCAGGAGAAGGAGUUCAGCAGGAACCCUGACUGCCACGAGUACGUCAUCCACAACGGAGCCUGCAUCCCCGAGUGUCCCUCUGGCUUCACCGCCGUGAACUCCACCACGCUCGUCUGCAAGCCCUGUGCCGGACUGUGCCCAAAGGUGUGCACCGGGAACAAAACAGUGGACUCGGUCACUGCGCUGCAGGCGCUGAGAGGUUGCACCAUCCUCACAGGAAGUCUGGUCAUCAAGCUGAGAGGAGGAAACAACAUCGCUGCUGAGCUGGAGGCCAGCCUCGGUCAGCUGGAAGAAAUCACCGGCCACCUGAAGGUGCAGCAUUCCUACGCUCUGGUGUCUCUCCUGUUCUUCCGGAAGCUUCGGGUCAUCCGUGGAGAACAGCUCGAGAACGGGAGCUACUCCUUCUACGUCCAGGACAACCAAAACCUGCGGCAGCUGUGGGACUGGUCCAAACACAAGCUGGCCAUUCCACGAGGUCGCUUGUAUUUCCACUACAACUCCAAGCUUUGCCUGUCGGAGAUCCGGAAGAUGGAGGAGGUCACAGGGCUCAAAGACAGACGGGUUAAAAACGACAUUGCAUCCAAGACCAACGGAGACCAGGCCUCAUGUGAGAACCAACUGUUGAAUUUCACCCAGGUCCGGACCUUGAGCGAUAAAAUCAUGAUCAAGUGGAAAGCCUUCUGGCCUCCAGAUUUCAGGGACUUGCUGGGCUUCAUGGUCCUCUGGAAAGAAGCGCCUUUUCGGAACGUCACCGAGUUCGACGGACAGGACGCCUGUGGCUCCAACAGCUGGGUGAUUGCAGAUGUGGAGGCUCCACCUCGGACCUCUGACAGCGAUCGAGUGCAGACGGAACCCGGUUACCUCAUCAUGCCGCUCAAGCCCUGGACCCAGUACGCCAUCAUGGUGAAGACCCAGCUCUCCACCUCUGACGAGCACCAGGUCCACGGGGCCAAGACGGAAAUCAUCUACGUGCGCACCAACGCCACCAAACCUUCUGUUCCACUGGACCCAAUUUCCUCAUCCAACUCCUCGUCCCAGAUCAUCCUCAAGUGGAAACCUCCCAACGACCCGAAUGGCAACAUCACCCACUACAUGGUCUACUGCCAGCGCCAGGCCGAAGCCAGCGAGCUCUACAAGUUCGAUUACUGUCAAAAAGGGAUGAAGUUGCCGUCUCGAGUGCCGACGCAGGUGGACACCAGCGAGGAGCAGAAGUGGAAUCAGACGGAGGAGCAGGGCCAGGGGACGCACUGCUGCGCCUGCCCCAAGACUGAGAAGGAGCUGAAGCAAGAGAAGGAGGACUCCGAGUACCGCAAAACCUUCGAGAAUUACCUUCACAACGAAGUCUUUGAGCUCAAACGUUCCAGACUGCGGCGCUCGGCGAUGGGCAUCGCCAACCACUCCUUCCCCUUCCUCACCACCGCCCCAGGACCCACAGCCACCACGCAAACCCCAGACUACGAGGACGAGGAGACUCUGGAAGGCACCAAGAAGGUGGUGACGGUGCUGGCCAAAGAGUCCACCGUCAUCUCUAAUCUGCGCCACUUCACAAGCUACCAGAUCGAGAUCCAAGCCUGCAACCACCCAACGGAUCCCAAACGCUGCAGCAUGGCGGCAUACGUCAGCGCUCGCACCAUGCCUGAAGACAAAGCGGACGACAUCGUUGGACCCAUCACAUGCGAGGUGACCGAUAUGUCGGUGCACAUCAAGUGGCAGGAGCCUGCGGCCCCCAAUGGCAUGAUCAUCCUGUACGACGUCAACUACAAAAGACUUGGAGACGUGGAGGAGCAGAAGCACUGCGUCUCCCGGAACCUGUACAAGACGACGCCAGGUUUCAAGCUGAGAGUGAUGCAUUCUGGGAACUACAGCGUCCGAAUCCGGGCCACGUCGCUGGCUGGGAACGGGUCCUGGACCGAGCCCACGUACUUCUACGUGCAGGAUGCUCAUGAUCCUCUCAGUGUCGUGAAGAUCGUCAUUGGGCCGGUUAUUUGCUUCGUCCUGCUGUUGUUUAUCGCUGUGGCAGGAUUCGUCAUGUUCAAAAAGAAUCAAACUCAAGGCCCCAGCGGGCCCAUCUAUGCCUCCUCCAACCCAGAGUACCUCAGCGCUAAUGACGUGUACGAGGAGGACGAGUGGGAGGUGGCCCGCGAGAAGAUCACCAUCCUGAGGCAGCUGGGCCUGGGCUCCUUCGGCAUGGUGUACGAGGGCAUCGCCAAGGACAUCAUCAAGGGCGAGUCGGAGACUCGAGUGGCUGUGAAGACGGUCAACGAAUCGGCCAGUCUGAGGGAGAGAAUCGAGUUCCUGAAUGAGGCGUCCGUCAUGAAGGCUUUCAGCUGUCACCACGUGGUCCGUCUGCUGGGCGUGGUGUCGAAGGGGCAGCCCACGCUGGUGGUGAUGGAGCUGAUGACUCAUGGAGACCUGAAGAGCUACCUGCGGUCUCUGAGACCCGAAGCCGAGAACAACCCCGGACGCCCCCCUCCCACGCUGAAGGAGAUGAUCCAGAUGGCUGCCGAGAUCGCAGACGGCAUGGCUUAUCUGAACGCCAAGAAGUUCGUCCACAGAGACCUGGCAGCCAGGAACUGCAUGGUGGCUCACGACUUCACCAUCAAGAUCGGAGACUUCGGGAUGACCCGAGACAUCUACGAGACGGAUUACUACCGAAAAGGAGGGAAGGGCAUGUUGCCGGUCCGGUGGAUGGCACCUGAGUCCCUGAAGGACGGAGUCUUCACGGCCAACUCAGACUGCUGGUCAUUCGGGGUCGUCCUGUGGGAGAUCAGCACGCUGGCCGAGCAGCCGUACCAGGGUCUGUCCAAUGAGCAGGUCCUGAAGUUCGUCAUGGACGGAGGCUACCUGGAGCGGCCGGACAACUGCGCCGACAGACUGCACAACCUGAUGCAGAUGUGCUGGCAGUACAACCCCAAGAUGCGACCCACCUUCCAGGAGAUCAUCGAGAUGCUCCGCGAGGACCUGCACCCCUCCUUCCAGGACGUGUCCUUCUUCUACAGCGAGGAGAACAAGCCGCCCGAGAGCGACGACUUCGACCUGGACAUGGAGAACAUGGAGAGCAUCCCGCUAGACCCGUCCUGCUCCUCCUCCUCCCACCGGGAGCAAGGCCUGGAGCGGGACGAGGCCUCCUCCAUGGGCCUGAGGGGCAGCUACGAGGAGCACCACAUCCCCUUCACACACAUGAACGGUGGCAAGACCAACGGACGAAUACUGGCCCUGCCCCGCUCCAGCCCCUCCUAACACACCGCCGCCAGCACCUGUCCAAAUAGAGUCUAUAUUUUGUUGUCAUUUUUUUUCUUUUUAUAGAUCACAGUUUUAUCAGAGACACUCGCAUAUCUCAGGACUUUAUUUUCUCUUCAGAUGCCACAAACACACACUACAGCUCCCCCUCCCCCCUCCUUCCUCCCCCCUCCGAUGCCACCAGACACUUUUGUAUUUAAGGACCCUCCUGCGUUUCUCUCGUCGAUGAUUGUAGUUUCUAUACUGUAAAUAUAUAAAUAUAUAUAUAUAUAUAUAUAUAUACAUAUAUAUAUAUAUAUUGCCAAGUUUGUGCGAGACUGGGUGGAUUAAUGAAUUCAACUGUGAAACAAACUGUUGGCAACAAGAAGGCUGCUACCCCCCCACCAACCCUCAACCCUCCCCCUUUAAUAAAAGGGUUCAUCCCGGGGUUUGUUUUUGAAAAGUGCCCUUCCGUCUCAUCCCCAGCUCCAGCUCCAGCUGCAGUGGAACCGUGUCUCCAUAUGCAAGCGGCGAACUGAACAGGAUCUUGAACAAACUGGGAUCCGCCGGAGAAGCUGGUUGAAGUGGCUUAGCUCCUCACACUCUGCAGUAUUCCACCCUCCAGACACACACACACACACACACAGAGGACGGCUUUAUUUAUUUCCACGACUUUCUCCUCUUUCAUCUUUGCAACUGAAGGAUAUUUAAACUGUUUGUUCUCAAGAACCUCCGGUCGACCAAUAGCUGCUUCCUUGGUAUAUUUUAGUGGGUAUAAACAGAUCUAUAUAUUGUUGAUGUUCUUUGUACAUAUGUGUCGUCCAGGUAUUUCUGACCCUAGAAAACUGUUUUUACAUGUUAGUCUCUUAUGUUUUUUCUAAUCCUGAGAAUCAUACUAAUUUGCGUUCGUGUGGACUCAUGAUCAACCAACAGCACUUGGUGGGGUUUUUUUUAAUGCGAUGCCCGGAGGAGUGUCUUCAGCUUGAGAUGUCUGCCCGUCAUAUCGAGAUCAAAUAAAAUGUACAUAUUGCAGCAACGUGCUACCAACAA